AGUGUUUUAUGUACAUCCUCGUUUUCUUUUUAUUCAAGAAACCCAGGUAACAUGUGCUUGAAGGGCGGACUUGGGUAGAAUGGCCCUCGAACGUUGGUGCCGAGGGGUUCGGUGCAGCCUUCCAUCCUGGGCUGUAAUGUGUCUUGCGUAUUUUCUCUGCGGGCCUGCAGUCGGAACUGCCUUCAUAGUCCCUCAACGCAACCUGCAUAGCUUUACCAGGAAUUUCCGUGUCCUUCCCUUGGUUGGGAAGCGAUGGUUUGCAGGAGAUGCAGCUGUGCAACACUGUAAAGGCUGGUUUCAGCAAACGGGACUCUCCCCUCGGUCACUCCCAGGGAGUGUCGGCCAGGUGACGGCCUGGUCUGCGGUCACAGAAGGAUGUCCUUCUUUCGAAGAUGCAGUCCAUGAAACUUCGCUUCCUAGUGACUGGGUGGAGAGGAGUGAACCCACAGCUCUAGGGGCGGAUGCGACACUCUCAAGCAUUCCAUCCGAGCUACCUGAGCCUGGAACGCCGCGGAACAGCUUCUCAUGGGGCACCCGGAAAAGGUCUUAUGCAAGGGUUCGGCUUCCCCCUGGUUCUGGAAAGCUAACGAUCAACAACAGAGACGCAACCGACUAUCUUCAAGACAAUCCAUGGUGGAUUCAUAAUUGCAUCGCGCCACUCAUGGAACUGCAGCUGGAGAAUGAAUUUGAUAUCAUUGCGGAGGCCCACGGGGGAGGCCUGGGCGGGCAGUCUGGCGCAAUCAUGCUUGCUGUCGCUCGGGAGAUUGUGCGACAGCGACCGGAACUGCGACCCCCUCUUCGGCGAGCAGGUUUUCUGACCGUAGACGCAAGGAAGGUCGAGAGGAAGAAAUUUGGUCUUCGGAAGGCGAGAAAGAAGGAACAGUACAGCAAACGGUAGGGUGCGUAGGUCAUGACACUGCUCAACGUGUCCGGCAAACCCGUUUUUUCCUCUACCAUGCCAUUUGGUAGCUUUCUCCAUCGAGAAGAAGCUGAAGAAUGAACAGCUCGUUCGCGGCUCGAAACCGGCUCGUAAAGGUCUCUGCCGCCACAUUAGAAGGUUUUUGUGGUAAUCUUCGUAGCUUGUACAACUGUGCCACAGGGCUUGUUAUAGUAGUACUCGUCUUGAGUGAUGGAGCCGUUGCGUCCAGGUCGAUGUCCAGCCUGAACGGGCACCAGGUCCACCUGGAAAACGGAGGCGAUCAUUUGCAUCGGUUUAAUAGCAACGUUUGGGCUACUCCGGGUGACUCACGGGUUCUCCUCGAAGUUGCUGAUAAUUAAUGUUAUGGUGUAAACGCGUGUAUGUGAGGAUGCUGCUAAUGGACUGGCCUACCUGCAAUAGGCGUUUACGGGUGGCAAGAAUCCAGCCCUCCUCACCAGUAGGAUUGGACGGUGAACCUGUUUGGUAACCAGAUUUGAAUCAAUUUCUCGAG